AUGUCAAAUGAACGUCGCAUCAAAUCCUUGAAGCUGCGACUGCGCAGUAUCAUGACGUCGUUCAACCUCAUCAAAACCUUUGUCGACGACUACGACGAAGAGAACCACGCUCCCGAGGUGCCCGUCCGCCUAGAAAACCUCAUCGCGCUGUGGACUAACUUCAACAAGAUGCAAUGUGAAAUCGAGUUGCUAGAUGAAGCUUCCAUAGAACAGCAGCUGAAGCAAAGAACGGACAUCGAAUCACACUACUAUCGAGUGAAAGGAUUCUUGCUCUCCGUGAAUAAAAUGCCAUCCACACCGUGCGCACCGUCGUCAAGUUUAUCAAACGCUCUGAUCCCUUCGUCGACAUCGCACGUGCGAUUGCCGGACGUUAAACUUCCCAUGUUCAGUGGAAACCUAGAAAGCUGGCUCAACUUUCACGAUCUAUACCUUUCGCUAGUCCACUCGUCUCAAGAUCUGUCGAAUAUUCAGAAAUUCUAUUACCUCCGAUCGUCUCUUUCUGGUGAUGCUCUUAAGUUGAUCCAGACCAUACCACUUAGUGCCAAUAAUUAUCCCGUUGCCUGGAAUCUGCUGCGCGAAUCGGCGGUCGAGCUGCACUCGUUGGUAGAAAAGUUCGAGGCAAACGUGAAGAUUCUACAGCAACUGGGGGAGAAGACGGAGUUUUGGGACAUUCUAUUGGUUCGCAUGCUUAGCACACGCCUCGACCACACAACCAGGAGAGAUUGGGAAGAGCACUCGUCCACUCUUGAUGCGGUUUCUUUUCGCGAUUUGUCUGCUUUUAUUCAGAGGAGAGUAACAGUGCUUCAAAAUAUGACUGGUAAAUUGUCUGAGCUCCCACCGCCCGCGGUAAUCAAGAAGCAGCUUAACCAACGUCCACUCGCUAGCCAUAGGGCUAGUCAGUUCAGCGCCAGGAAGUGCAUCAUUUGUUCCGAUCAGCAUCCCUUAUAUCUAUGUACAGCGUUUUCAAAAUUGAGUGCCGAAGAAAAGGAGAAAGAAGUUCGUCGGCAUCAGCUGUGCCGGAAUUGCCUGCGCAUGGGUCACAUGUGCAGGGAUUGUCCAUCUACUAGUACCUGCCGUAAGUGUAGAGGCCGACAUCAUACACAACUAUGUACCAACGUUACACCAAAUUGCCCGAAGAUAUCUGAACCUCCGAGUUCGAAAUCGUCAAAUGAGCCACCUACCGUAUCUGUAUCAGCCAGCGAGAUGAAACCCAAAAGUUACGCUUCUGCUGGACGAACGAGUGUGCUACUAGCCACUGCAGCAGUCAUUGUAAUUGAUGACGCCGGAACACAUCACGUGGCCAGAGCUCUGCUUGACUCAGGUAGCGAGUGCUGCUUUGCUACUGAAUCGUUUGCUCAACUUAUCAAAGCUCAGCGCAAGAAAAUUUCCGUUCCGAUUGCUGGCAUCGGCCAUUCUGCAACGCAAGCACGGUACAUGUUUUCAUCAACAGUGCGAUCCAGACUCAGCGAUUACUCCACCACUGCCGAUUUUCUUGUGCUACCCAAGGUCACCGUUGAUCUACCUUCCACGUCAGUAGAUAUUUCGCAUUGGAAAAUCCCAUCUGGCGUGCACCUAGCUGAUCCUUCUUUCUGUACAACAAAUCCGAUCGAUCUUAUUCUCGGUGCAGAAUUAUUCUUCGACUUAUUCAGAGUUUCCGGUCGAAUUACACUCGGAGACAACCUACCUGUUUUAGUAAAUUCUGUCUUUGGUUGGGUAGUGUCGGGUAGGGCCAAUUGCUGCUCGGCACUAACUCCAAUAACCGCUAACGUUGCUUCAGUCACCGAUUUGCACCAGCUCAUGGAAAAUUUCUGGGUUAUCGAAGAAGGAGAUUCCUCCCCCUGCUACUCGGUGGAAGAAUCCACCUGUGAAGACUACUUCCGACGGACAGUUAUUCGCUCACCAGAAGGACGAUACAUCGUUCGCUUACCAUUCAAGAAGGCUGCACUUGCUAUCCUAGGCGACAACCGUCGCACCGCUGUUCGUCGCUUCCGACUGCUCGAAGCUCGCUUGCAUCGAGAUCGCAACCUGGCUCAACAAUACUGUAGCUUCAUGAAUGAAUAUCAUGACCAAGGACACAUGCAACGCUUAGCACACUUCGAAGAUUCCACCACUUCACUGUAUCAUCUUCCUCACCACGCAGUCAUUCGUGAAGAAAGUAUGACGACCAAAGUGCGAGUCGUUUUCGAUGCCUCAUGUAAAACAAGCAGUGGAAAAUCCUUAAACGACGCCCUUUUAGUUGGUCCAAUUGUCCAGGACCAUUUGAGGUCGAUCAUCAUGCGGUCCCGAAUUCAUCCCGUAAUGCUGAUUGCCGAUAUUAAACAGAUGUAUCGCCAAAUUCUAGUUGAUGAACGAGACACCUCUGUACAGCGCAUUGUUUGGAGAGCCUCCCCGGACGACUCAUUGGACACGUUUGAAUUGAAGACCGUCACUUACGGCACCGCAUCAGCGCCGUAUCUUGCAACUAGGGUGCUGCAACAACUUGCCGAUGAUGAACAAGACGCGUUUCCUGAAGCAGCAGAUGUCUUGCGCAAAGAUUUCUACGUAGACGACCUCAUUUCUGGCAGAAGCACCGUAGCUGAAACCAUCAAAUUGCGCAAUCAGUUGGACUCACUGUUAGCUAAGGGCGGUUUUGAGCUGCGUAAAUGGGCCUCUAAUGAACCAACUGUGUUGGAGGAUAUUCCCGAAGAAAAUCGAGCCCUGCAGCAGUCGGUAGACUUGGAUCGAGACCAAUGUCUUAAAACUCUCGGUCUUCAUUGGGAACCUUCUACCGAUGUUUUAAGGUACAAGAUAAAAAUUCCUCUACCCGAAACGAACGCAUCACUUACCAAACGUAUGGCGCUAUCAUACAUCGCACAACUAUUCGACUCGUUCGGUUUAGUAGGACCCGUCGUAACAACUGCUAAACUAUUUAUGCAGAUGUUGUGGACCUUGAAGAAUCGCGAUGGAACCAUCUGGAGUUGGGACGAAGAGCUACUAGUAGCAAUCCAAGAACGUUGGUACAAUUAUCACACACAACUACCACUAUUGAAUCAGCUCAGGAUUGAACGAUUUGCUAUGUGCCUAAAUCCAUCAACAGUGCAACUGCAUUUCUUUUCGGACGCAUCGGAACAAGCAUAUGGUGCUUGUGCAUAG